AUGAGUUCGAGUCUCGUCUCCCAAACUGCGCAGGGUGCUGUGCUCAGCAUCAUUGCGAAUGUUUUGGCGCAAGUGAUCGCAUCGUACAAGUACAAUGUACCAUUCACCCUUGAUUUCGGGCCCAUCGCAAAGUUCGUCACGUUUAGCAUCAUCAGCAACCCACCAAACAUCAUCUGGCAACGCUUCCUCGAGGAUUCCUUCCCGACAACCGUCCGCGAAGCGCCCCCGAAAUCCUCAACCGUUGACGGCAAACCACCGCCAGAAUCACAGUACAAGACCCGCACUAGCGGGCGCAACAUCCUGAUCAAGUUUCUCCUCGAUCAGACGUUCGGGGCCAUCGUCCUCAACAAUCUCCUCUUCCUGGUCUUCAUGGGUUACGUCAAUGCGCCGGUAGGGGGAAAGCAAAAUCCGUGGGAUAUCAUCGCACGUGACGUUCAAGAGAAGCUGUGGCCCAUCACAUUGGACGGUUACAAGCUGUGGCCUGCGUUUUCGCUCAUCAGUUUCCUUUGGAUUCCUGUUGAGAAGAGGGUCGUCGCUGGAUGUUUGGUAGGUGUGGGGUGGAGUAUCUACUUGAGCUUGGUGGCGGGUGCUUAA